AUGGCUCACUCGCGCGCAAGCACCAAGGUCGUCGUGGCCGGGGGAGGUGGUACGGUCGGUUCGUCAACGGCGCUGCACCUCAUUCGCUCUGGAUAUACCCCCUCAAACAUCACCGUCCUGGAUGUAUACAAGAUCCCUUCACUGCAAUCUGCAGGACAUGACCUCAACAAAAUUAUGGGCAUUCGGUUGCGCAACGGCCCCGACUUGCAGCUUUCGCUGGAAUCUCUCGAUAUGUGGCAACACGAUGAGUUGUUUAAGCCUUUCUUUCACCAAGUGGGCAUGAUUGACUGUUCGUCAUCAAAAGAGGGCAUUGAAAAUCUUCGACGGAAGUACCAGACCCUCCUUGAUGCGGGCAUUGGGCUAGAGAAGACGAACGUUUGGUUAGAAACUGAAGAUGAGAUCCUAGCGAAAAUGCCAAACUUCACGCGGGAACAAGUCAAGGGGUGGAAAGGCUUGUUUUGCAGUGAUGGAGGCUGGCUUGCUGCAGCCAAGGCUAUCAAUGCGAUCGGAAAUUUCCUUCAAGAUCAAGGUGUCAAAUUUGGCUUUGGAGGUGCUGGAACAUUCAAGCAGCCUCUGUUCGCGGCCGAUGGAACAACAUGCAUUGGACUUGAAACUACAGACGGAUCAAGAUACUUUGCUGAUAAGGUGGUUUUGGCUGCUGGUGCUUGGAGUCCAACCUUGGUGGACUUGGAAAACCAGUGUGUUUCAAAAGCCUGGGUGUUCGCCCACAUCCAACUCACACCUCAAGAAGCGGACAAGUACAAGAACGUGCCCGUCAUCUAUGAUGGUGAAUAUGGGUUCUUCUUCGAACCCAACGAGCACGGGGUAAUCAAAGUUUGUGACGAGUUCCCUGGGUUCUCUCGCUUCAAACAGCAUCAACCUUACGGUGCCAAAUCCCCCAAGAUAGUAUCUGUACCUCGAUCACACGCCAAGCAUCCUACAGAUACCUACCCUGACGCCUCCGAAAUCACCAUACGGAAAGCGAUCGCAAGAUUCUUGCCAAACUUUCAAGAAAAGGAGCUCUUCAACCGGACUAUGUGCUGGUGCACAGAUACGGCUGAUGCUAACUUGCUGAUUUGCGAGCACCCGAAGUGGAAGAAUUUCAUUUUGGCCACUGGAGACAGCGGUCAUUCUUUCAAGCUGUUGCCAAAUAUCGGGAAACAUGUCGUCGAGCUUUUGGAAGAAUCUCUGUCCCAAGAUAUGGCCGAUGCAUGGAGAUGGAGACCAGGAGGUGACGCUCUUAGAUCUAGACGCGGUGCUCCGGCCAAGGACCUUGCCGACAUGCCGGGAUGGAAGCAUGAUGCAAAGCUAUGA